CACUCACCUCGCGCUCACAUCAAUCAGUCAAAAAGAAACACAAGAGUGGCACGGACGUUUGUGCCCGCGUCAGCCUGUUUCACGAAUUCACGGAGGUAGGACACACACAAUCACCGAUCUCUCUCUCAAACACAAUUAUCAGCAGUGCAGGUGGGUUGAUAGGCUUCGUAAGGUGUCGACGCAGUAAAACAACAUACAGUACUAGAUAAAAUCGAAUCCCGGCGCUGGCGUAGACCUGAAGGUAUGUUUAUGGUUUUAGCAAAAAGUCGACACCUCAUCCAGCCUAUCAACCCACAGGUCAGGAUCGAUGGCAAGGAAAUCGGGUCAGAUUAGUCAGGAGUUAGAGCAUCCGCCAUCUCAGGCUCAAGAUCAAGAUCUUCACACUCCAGCUUU